UGAGAUUUCAAGUCUUCUAAUAACUAACAAGGAUUCAGGACGCAAUCAUAAGUAGAAAACUACACAAAACUAUCAGGGUAGAAGUACCAAUUUAAAUAUGGGGACUCUGAGCCAACUAUCCAUCAUUUACCUCCUUUGGACCACCGCUGCGUUUUGCCAAUAUGAAGACUACGAUUUUGGGGACGAAUAUGAUGAGCCAGAUCAUCAACAUCCAUAUUAUUUUAACUCUAAUCCAGGCGCACAAGCCGAGGUUCCUCACUUUCCUUUUCCAGUCGAGUGUGCCAGAGAAUGCUUUUGUCCGCCAGAAUUUCCGCUAUCUAUGUACUGUGACCAUCGUAAGCUUAAAACAAUACCAAAUAUCCCUGCUCACGUCCAACAACUCUAUCUGCAAAACAACGAUAUUGAAGCUGUACCUGCAGGACCAUUCACUAACGUUACCAUUUUAAGAGAAAUUAAUCUGAGCUUCAACAAAAUUAAGUCUCAUAUGAUUGAUCGUGGUGUUUUUGCCAAAUUGUCAAACUUAGUGCAGCUUCACUUACAGCACAAUGAAUUAGAUGAAUUUCCAUUCCCACUUCCCAGCUCUCUGGAGAGACUCCUCCUUGGCUUCAAUAAGAUUUCCCAGUUACCUGGAAUUGCACUGGACGGAUUACCAAACAUCACCAUGCUUGACCUCUGCAAUAAUUUGCUUGACGAUUCAGUACUCAAAGGAAAUCACUUUUCAGUCAUGAGCAACUUAAUGCAGCUGAAUUUAUGCAACAACAAAUUACAGACCAUGCCUCCCAGCCUGCCGUCGUCACUUAUGUAUCUCUCUCUAGAAAAUAACUCCAUUUCUUAUAUUCCAGAAAACUAUUUCAGCAAACUCCCCAAAAUCAUUGCCCUAAGAAUGUCCCACAAUAACCUGCAGAACGUUCCACGCAACACCUUUAUUAAUCUACCAAACCUUAUAGAACUUAACCUUGGACAUAACAAAUUGAAACAAGUAUUCUAUAUUCCAAGAAGUCUGCAGCAUUUGUAUAUUGAAGACAAUGACAUUGAAAUGAUAAAUGUUACUUUGAUGUGUCCAUCUAUUGAUCCAAUGAACACCAACCAGCUAACCUAUCUACGGGUGGACCAAAAUAAGCUAACAGCUCCAAUAAGCACUUAUGCCUUCUUUUGCUUCCCUCAUAUUAGAACCAUUUACUAUGGAGAACAAAACAGAAACGGCAACAAGUCCACACAAAUCAGAGCAGCAGUGUUUCGACGACUUUUAACACCAGAAGAAUACGACGAAAUAGAAGAUGAUCAUGAAACACAUGAUCAGGAAACUGAGGAAGAGCAUGAAGCAGAAAACUAUUUUUUUCCUCACUUUUGGUGAAAUAAUCAUUGUUAAUGAGUACAUACAGAAAUUCUUCCUUACUUGUGGAGUAUUUGUGCCCAUUUUAGAACAGUUAAAUAUUUUGGGAUCUUUAAGCUAUAAUCUAUAACAUGGAGAUAGAAUUUUAGUGUACAUAAAUAUGCCAUUAGCAAUGCAGAAAAAAAAUUU